CGCCUCAGAAGGGGAGGGCAGAGGCGGGCGCGGGGAGGGGAGAUUGUCGGGGGCGGAGCCUAGCACCGGGACCUGUUGAACGCAGGUACCGCCGACUGUCUGGGGCGCCCUCGGGACGGAGGCGACUGCGCAUGCUCACUGGCUGCGCUGGGCCGGGAGCCCAGCGCCUGUGACGAGCCGAGCCGACUCCAGGGUUGCGGUGGUUGCGGUGGCUGUGAUAGCGAUGUGAGUGGGCCCGGGGCGGGAUGGUGCUGACCCGGGUAGGGCCGUCUUCCAGCUGGACGCAGAGCUCCUCCAAAGGACAGACGAGGGGAGAGGCCGAGCCGGCUAAGAGGGUUGAAGAUCAAUUGGAUUAUGUAUUUCAUUCUGGAAUCUCAAAGCAGGCCACAAACAGUAAAUUCUUCCUUACUUUAUCUAUGCCAGGGGAAAUAAUAUAUUUUUAACAUCAAGAGUCAGUAACUGUAAACUCAAGAUUGGUUAUUUAAUAAUGUUAAAAUGAAUUGAUCAGCAGAGGUGCUGUUACCUGAUUUGUCCUCUGGGUAUAAAUUAAAAAUGACUGAAGUUCAAGCAAUGGUAGAAUUCUCCGUGGAGCUAAACAAGUUCUACAAUGUGGAUUUAUUCCAGAGAGGUUUUUACCAGAUUCGUGCAUCUAUGAAAAUUCCACCAAGAAUUCCCCACAGAGUAGAAGCCAGUUUGUUACAUGCAACGGGUAUGACAUUAGCCUUUCCAGCUUCAGUUCACGAUGCUCUGCUUUGCAGUAAAACAUUUCAAAUCCUAUAUAAAAAUGAAGAAGUUGUUUUAAAUGAUGUCAUGAUCUUCAAAGUUAAAAUGUUGUUGGAUGAAAGGAAGAUUGAAGAAACCCUUGAGGAAAUAAAUUUUCUAUUAUCCUUGGAUCUGCAUUUCACAGACGGAGAUUAUUCGGCAGAUGAUCUGAACACCUUACAACUAAUAAGUAGUCGAACAUUGAAGCUGCACUUUAGCCUCUCUAGAGGACUUCAUCAUCAUGUUAAUGUUAUGUUUGAUUAUUUCCACCUUUCUGUUGUAUCUGUUACAGUCCAUGCAUCACUGGUUGCAUUACACCAGCCACUUAUAAGCUUUCCUCGCCCUGUGAAGACCACUUGGUUAAACAGAAAUGCACCAGCACAGAACAAAGAUUCUGCAAUUCCCACUCUGGAAAGUGUAGUCUUUGGUAUUAACUACACAAAACAAUUAUCACCAGAUGGCUGUAGCUUCCUCGUUGCGGAGUCCUUCCUGCAUCAUGCCUACCGUUUUCAUUAUACACUUUGUGCCACUUUGCUACUAGCCUUCAAGGGUUUGCACAACUACUUCAUUACGGUAACAGAAGAGAUUCCCUCUUGUCAGAAACUAGAACUGGCCAAGGCCAACAUGCAGGUCCUUUAUGAACGCCUCCUCAGAAGAAAACAGCCAAGAACCCAGAAUGACACCUGUGUAGAUAAAAUGGAUGUAGAGGCUCGUCUUGCUGAACUGUGUGAAGAAGUUAAAAAAAUAGAAAAUCCUGAUGAGCUGGCAGAACUGAUAAAUAUGAAUCUUGCACAACUUUGCUCACUUCUCAUGGCUUUAUGGGGACAGUUUCUGGAAGUUAUAACACUACAUGAAGAACUAAGAGUGUUACUAGCACAGGAGCACCAUACUUUACGGGUUCGCAGGUUUUCUGAGGCAUUCUUUUGUUUUGAACAUCCAAGAGAAGCUGCCAUUGCAUACCAGGAACUCCAUGCUCAGAGUCAUCUACAGAUGUGCACCGCUAUCAAAAAUACUUCCUUCUGCAGUUCUCUUCCACCCCUACCUAUUGAAUGUAGUGAAUUAGAUGGAGAUCUCAAUUCAUUACCUAUAAUCUUUGAAGAUAGGUAUUUAGAUUCAGUUAUUGAAGACUUAGAUGCACCCUGGACGGGAAUUCAGACUCUUCAGAUAUCAGAGUCCAGUAGAAUGGAUAAAUAUGAGACUGAAGAAAGCUCUGUAGCAGGACUUUCUAGCCCAGAGUUGAAAGUCAGAACUGCUGGUGCCUCCAGUAUAUGCUGUACAGAUGGUGAAAAGCAGCUAACAAAGUCUCAAAAAGGAAAGAAUGAAGAAUUAAAUAAAUCCAAAGUUAAGGUCACUAAGCUCAUGAAAACAAUGAAACAAGAGAACACAAAAAAGUUAAUAAAACAGAACUCUAAAGAUUCUGUGAUUUUAGUAAGCUACAGAUGUUUGAAAAGUACACCAUCAAGUGAUCUUAGUAAAUGCUUUGAAGGCAAUCCUGCACAUAGUCAGAAAGAAGGUCUGGAUCCCACAAUAUGUGGAUAUAAUUUUGACCCAAAGACCUACAUCAGACAGACAAGUCAAAAGGAAGCUAGCUCUUUGCCAGCUAAUACAGAGAGAACUGAACAAAAGUCUCCAGAUGUUGAAAAUGUGCAACCAGACCAGUUUGAUCCCUUGAACUCUGGCAGCCUAAAUCUUUGUGCGCAUUUGUCCAUUUCAGGUAAACUUGGUAUCUCCCAGGACGAUAGUGAUAUCACACACAUGGAACAUAAUCUGGCAUCAAGAAGUUCAUCAGAUGAUUUCCAUGACUGUCAGACAACCCCAUCUUCAGCAGUUAAAACACUUGAAGUAAAUUCCACCAAUAAAAAUCCUUUCGAUGGAGAGAAAAUAACUGUUAAAAUAGGACCUUGGACAGAGCUUCAACAAGAUGAAAUAUUUGUAGAUAAUUUUCUAUCCACUUUUGAAUCCUUAGACUCUAAUGGUAAAUCCAAGUCUAUAGAAAUAACACUUGAAAAGGAGGCUUUACAGGAAGCAAAAUGUCAUUCUUUUGGAGAAUCAUUAGCUAAAUUAAGAAAUAAUCUACCUGCUCCUACAAAAGAAUAUCAUGUUGUAGUAAGUGGAGAUACAAUUAAAUUACCAGAUACUAAUGCCACAUAUGCCUCAUCUAGAUUUUCAGAUUCAGGUGUUGAAAGUGAACCAAGCUCUUUUGCAACACAUCCAAACCUGGAAAUAGUCUCUGAAACUGGCCAAGGGCAAGGUCCUUACCAUAAUGAAAGGUUAUUUCCUCAGCUUUUGAUGAAACCUGAUUACAAUGUCAAGUUUUCAUUAGGAAGUCACUGUACUGAGAGUACAAGUGCUUUAAGUGAAAUACAGUCAUCUUUGACAUCAAUAAACUCUCUACCUUCUGAUGAUGAACUCUCACCUGAUGAAAAUUCUAAGAAAUCUUCUGUGCCUGAAUGCCAUCUAAGUGAUAGUAAAACUGUAUUAAAUCUAGGAACAAUGGAUUUGCCAAAGUGUGAUGAUACUAAAAAGUCAAGUAUUAUUUUGCAGCCUCAAUGUGUUGUAUUUUCAGGGCAUUUGGACAAUGAAACUUUAGCAAUACAUUCCUUAAAUUCAAGCACUGAAGACCCUUUACAACAUGUUUUUUCAGAUAAAGAUACUUCUAGUGAUGUGAAAAGUAGUUGUAGCUCCCAGCCUAAUUUGGACCCUAUAUUUAAAGGCUCCCAGAGUCAUGAUACAUCUAAUAACAACUCUGCAGGAACCGUGAUCGCAAUACAGUCAGAACUGAUUUGCUUAGGCACUCCUUGUGUUGUUUCGGGUUCUGUUUCUACUAAUUCAGAACUAAGUCAAGAGGGAACUGUGGAAAGAAAAAGUAGUGACCCAUUAAGUCUCAAACAAAUGUAUUCAGAAGCCCCUUCAAUUGAACAUGAACUUCAUCUGGGUUCGAGUGACCCUCUUUCAGCCAGUACUGAUAUGGUAAAAGAAGGGCUUGUGGAAAAUUAUUUUGGUUCUCAGAGCAGUACAGAUAUUUCGGACAUACGUGCUGUUAGCUACCACAACUCAGUUAGCCCUCAGAAGGAAACCUGUGAAAAAGGAAUCAGUGACCUUCAGCAGGAACAGGGCAAAGAUGAGGAGGAGGAAGAACAGGAUCAACAAAUGAUUCAAAAUGGGUAUUAUGAAGAAACAGAUUUUUCAGCUUUGGGUGGAACUAUAAAUGCUCACUUUCCCAGCAGAGAUGUGCAAACAGAGGAAAGGCAUCUAAAAUCUGAAGAAGUGAACAGUGACUAUCUGAGGGACAGUGUGAAUGUGCCUACUGUUUGUACUUCGGGUUGUUUGUCUUUCCCUUCUGCUCCACGAGAGUCUCCUUGUAGUGUUAAAUACUCUUCUAGAAGUAAAUUUGAUGCCAUUACAAAGCAGCCAAGCAGCAUUUCUUACAACUUCACUUCUUCAAUUUCCUGGUAUGAAAACUCACCAAAACCUCAAAUACAAGCCUUCCUUCAGGCAAAAGAAGAACUGAAGCAACUUAAACUCCCUGGGUUCAUGUACAGUGAUGUUCCUCUGCUGGCAUCCUCAGUACCUUAUUUCAGCAUGGAAGAAGAAGAUGGUUCUGAAGAUGGUGUCCAUCUCAUUGUCUGCGUGCAUGGUUUAGAUGGUAACAGUGCAGAUCUCCGACUAGUAAAAACGUAUAUUGAACUUGGACUGCCUGGGGGAAGAGUUGAUUUUCUUAUGUCUGAGAGAAAUCAGAAUGAUACUUUCGCUGAUUUUGAUAGCAUGACUGAUCGUCUUUUGGAUGAAAUCAUACAGUAUAUUCAGAUAUAUAGUUUAACAGUCUCAAAAAUAAGCUUUAUUGGACAUUCAUUGGGCAAUUUAAUAAUCCGUUCAGUGCUCACAAGGCCACGGUUUAAAUAUUACCUCAGCAAACUUCAUACCUUUCUCUCUCUUUCUGGGCCUCACCUUGGUACACUGUACAAUAGCAGUGCUCUCGUCAAUACAGGUCUCUGGUUCAUGCAGAAAUGGAAAAAAUCAGGUUCUCUUUUGCAACUGACAUGUCGAGAUCAUUCAGACCCUCGCCAAACUUUUUUAUAUAAGCUUAGUAAUAAAGCAGGGCUUCAUUAUUUCAAGAAUGUUGUGCUGGUAGGAUCACUACAGGAUCGCUAUGUUCCAUAUCAUUCUGCCCGCAUUGAAAUGUGCAAAACAGCCUUGAAGGACAAACAGUCAGGACAAAUCUAUUCAGAAAUGAUCCACAACUUGCUUCGCCCAGUUCUGCAAAGCAAAGACUGUAAUUUGAUUCGAUACAAUGUCAUCAAUGCAUUGCCCAACACGGCUGAUUCACUCAUCGGGAGAGCUGCACACAUAGCUGUUCUUGAUUCGGAAAUAUUUUUAGAGAAGUUCUUCCUGGUUGCUGCCCUCAAAUAUUUCCAGUAGGACGAAAGCAUUGUUAGAGACUUAAUAAUUACCUCAUUCAGCAGUGAUUUAAAUACUGUAUUAUAGUUAUGUAGAUGCUAAGUUCUAAGACAUAUUUAUACCUUUUUAUAUGGAAGAUAAUUUAUAUCAUCCAUGUGUAGAGCCCUUUAAACAUCAUCUUUACUUUCUAGGUAAUGUGGCUGUGCAAUAUUUUUUUUAAUUUUAUCUUUUUACUUUUCUAUUACUUUUUCAUAUAUUUUGCUACCUAAGUAUUUCAGUGAAACUUUAAGCCCAUAUGUAUGUCUGAUCAUUUGUUAUUGACGUCUACAAUCCUUACUCAGACUUCAACAUCGUAUUAAAGGCUGUUAACUGCUAGAAUAGCAUGGGAUUUUAAAUUUUCUAAUUUGGGACUUUUAGUUAACUACAAAUUUUACUUUUAACACUUUACUGUGUUUUAACUGGAAGUAAAAUAAUGGCUGCUAAAAUAUAUUUUUGAAAUCUAUUUCUUUAGUCCUAAAAUAACAACUACAUGUGUUCAAACCAGGUAGUUCAUACAUGACAAUGUUAUAAAGGUUUUCUAUAAAAUCAUUACUGUUGCUAUUAAACAUAUGUCAUUGCCUAUUAAAAUAUGUUUUUUACUGAUAAUUUCAACAUUAUUUCUCAUAUUGACUUUUGUUACUGGAACUUUUCUUGUUCAUAUUCAUAGCAUAUAAAGAUUUUUGAAUGUCCCAUGCCUUGAUUUGGUUGAAGUUUUAUUAAAUUUGGUAAUGUUGCUUGAACUUUGACAAUAUUUCUUUAACCUUUUUCAUGGACUUCCUUCUAUGUACAUAAUUAAAUGUUAAAACUUAUUACUUUUAUGAAUUUAGAUAAUUUUUAAAUAAUAUUAAAAUUUAUCCAUCUGAAGAGUCAUGUAAAUAAAAUAAUUCGGUUUAAAAUUGGAGAAAUAAUUUACGUGUUUGGUAAUACAGAUGCAAAUGUUUUUGCUACAUGGAGAUGUUGAGUCUUUUGAUUUUUCUAAAGGUGCUGAACAGCAUUGAAUUCCCUAUUUUCCUUCCCUGUUUUACUGGUGAAAAUAAUCAUGCACUAAGGGUGGAUGGAAGGUCUGUUUGCAUUCACCAGUUGUAAUGGACAAAAGGUUUUUGUAAGUCUGUAUCAUGUAUAAUUGAUGCAUGUUUAUUUUUAGUAUCAUGUUAAUUGCCUCUGGUGUUAAUAAAUGUGCAAAUGCCUAUCUGGAGGAACAGCUAAAA